UUCAUAAUACUCGUAAUUACAAAUUGAAUUUUUUCCAUCACUUAAUUGAGUUGUUGUGUGUCGGGUAGUUCGUUGGUAUAAAAGCGAGUGGAAAAUUAAAUUCGGGUUUCAGUUCGGUUUUUACCGUUUGAACGAAAUCAGUUUGGCGAAUGGAAUGAUAUAUUAUAUAUUCUGUUGAAUGAAAAUUGAGAUCAUAAAUGUCUGAUAAAAAAAAAUUGCACUAAUUUUUUUACAAAAACAAACAAAAAAUAAUUAAAUCUAUUUUUUGAAAAAUUGCUGUGUCAAAUAUAUAACCCGAAGUCUUCACGAAAAGUUUGCUAACUCAAAGUGAUCCACGAAAAAAUUGAAUUAUUUCCACUGAAAUGAAAACAACUGAAUUUAUUAGUGUGCUGAUUUUGCUGGUUGUGCUCUGCAGUCCCCAAGCGUCUUCAGUCAAGAGUUGCAGUUACACGGCACUGACCACCGGCCCUCAAGUAAUAACGUACGAUGCCGCCACCGAUAAGAGCGUGGAAUAUGUGGAUUAUGGCACCAAUACGAACGGUAUCUGCGUACAGCGCGCGCGCUGCAGCAGGGAAUAUGUGACGCAAGUGAUUAAAUGCAGCGAUCUACGAAUAACUUGUGAAAACCGCAAAUUAUUUGAGGGAGAGUUUCCGGCCUGCUGUGUGAAAUGUUGACAUAAAAAAGAGAAAUGUUAAAUGGGUAUAAGCGAACGAUGUGAGGAAAAACAUGAUAAGAAUGGAAACAAUAAAAAAUGUGGAAGAAAAAUUUUGAACAAAA